GUGCAUUGCGCAUGCGCAAAACUCAAUAUUGGGGAGUUUCGCUGGCUGCUGCGCCGUCGGUACCUUUGAGGUACCGAUGUGAAGGAAGCAACUGCCUAAUUGAUCAGAUAUGGACGGAAAAACACCAAGAUAUGUAAACUGUUACGUUUCAGAGAGGGGGUUGAAAGUUUUUGAGCGGAAUUAAUUAGUUCCUUCCCUUUUAAACGUGUUCUCUCAUCUUGCUUUGAUUGGACUUGACGAGAAGGAGCAGCAGCAACAGUAAGCUAGCGACAGGCUAAGUAGCUGGCUAACGAUAGCUAGCACCGAGCAGCGUUCACAGUUAACACUCAACGGACGACUCUUGCCAGCUUGACAAAAAAAAAAAAAAAAAAAAACAGGAAAGCUUUUCUGGCUGCUACCAGACAUGCAGUGAAAAUAUUCAGUUAACGUUACCCGGCGGCCGUUUGAAUGUUAGCUGUUAGCCAAAAUAUUAACUUUUCACACUCAACGGGUUGGCAGUCGACAUUAGCGGAUAAGCUAAAUUGAUGCUUGGAUUCAGAAAACUGCAGCCCGUGCAAGUCCAACAACUGCAGAGGAGAUGAGUCAACUUUGGCGGCGAGACAUACCCAUGUCAGAGAGGUUGGGCAAUGACUCUCCUGUGGGUGUCGCCCCAGGGCCCCCAGCCACCACGGCUCCUCAAGGGUCCAACUCCUCCUGGGUACCAGAGGCUCCGUUGGUCAGACCUGAAGAGCCCAUUUUCCUCAUGACCCCUACUGCCCAAACCAUAUCAGGCUUCUUUGUUUGGACAGCCCUUCUCAUCACCUGUCACCAGAUCUACAUGCACCUGCGUUACUACAGCUCUCCAAAUGAACAGAGACACAUAGUGAGGAUCCUCUUUAUAGUCCCCAUCUACGCCUUUGAUUCCUGGCUCAGCCUUCUCUUCUUCACCAAUGAGGAGUACUAUGUCUACUUCGACACAGUCCGAGACUGCUACGAGGCCUUUGUCAUCUACAACUUCCUCAGUCUGUGUUAUGAGUAUCUGGGUGGAGAAAGUGCCAUCAUGGCUGAGAUCAGAGGGAAACCCAUUGAGUCAAGCUGUGUGUAUGGGACCUGUUGCCUGUGGGGCAGGACCUACUCCAUUGGUUUCCUCAGGUUUUGCAAACAGGCGACUCUGCAGUUCUGUGUGGUGAAGCCUCUGAUGGCCGUGAUCACUGUCAUUCUGCAGGCUUUUGGAAAAUACAGAGAUGGAGACUUCAAUGUGGCUAGUGGCUAUCUGUAUGUCACCAUCAUCUACAACAUCUCUGUCAGCUUGUCGCUGUACGCGCUCUUCCUCUUCUACUUUGCGACACGUGACCUGCUCGUCCCCUAUAGCCCGGUUCUCAAGUUCUUCAUGGUAAAGUCAGUCAUCUUCCUCUCCUUCUGGCAGGGAAUGCUGCUGGCCAUCCUAGAGAAGUGUGGAGCCAUCCCUCAGGUCAGCUCUGCUGAAUUCUCUGUAGGUGAGGGCACAGUCGCUGCUGGUUACCAAAACUUCAUCAUCUGCAUCGAGAUGUUCUUUGCUGCUGUGGCUUUGCGCCAUGCCUUCACGUACAAAGUCUACAUGGACAAGAGACUGGACUCUUAUGGUCGCUGUGCCCCCAUGAAGAGCAUCUCCAGCAGCUUGAAGGAGACCAUGAACCCUGGCGACAUGGUCCAGGAUGCCAUCCAUAACUUCUCCCCUGCCUACCAGCAGUACACCCAGCAGUCCACCCUGGAGCAGUGCGGGGGCCCGCCUCUCUCCCGCAGCCACAGUAACCUCAGCGCCCGGGGUGACAAUGAGAAGACCCUGCUGCUCAGCUCAGACGACGAGUUCUAAGACACUCUCUCUUUCUCACACACACACACACACACACACACAUGCACACGCACAGAGGCUCUUAAAGCUCACAUGGGUUUUAUUAGCUAGGUUACACAAAAAAAUCUUUCAAUCGCUACCUGAACAGGACGAAUCAGUUUUUAUGAUUUUUUCCCCCAUGCUUGGUAGUAGUAGGAAGAACAGAUUCAUGUCACAUUUUUGAAAUGGUUCAGUAAUGCUCCACUGGAGAAGAGAGAGUAGAAAGGGAUGGUCCAAUUUUUAUUUAAAAAAAAAAAAGGAAAUGAGGGGAUAAUUGUUGAACAAAGGGGAAAGAUGAAGAGGAGGGAGUAGGUGCAACUGCUAUGGCUAGAAAAUAGAGGAGUUGACAGUUUUGACAUUGUAUUCAUGAACUUUCAAGAGUUGUCAUUGACUUGCGUUUAAGUUGAACCACUGCAUUGCUCUUGUAAUUCACUGAUUUCAUAUAGGUCAUUGCUCAUAGAAAAUACAGUAUCUACAUGCACCUUUGAAUAUGGAUCAAUACAAGUAAACCUUAAUGCUGCACUUAACACACCACAGUAUGGCACAUAGAUACAGUAUAAUUGCUAGAACAAGCAAGUGCCAUGCUCAGCUGAAACACAUAGCAUACUUCAGUCUUCUUUUUAAUUUAAUUUAACUCCUCACUCCUCUUGCAACUCUGCCUCUUACUGAAACAUUGCCAAAAACAGGGAGCGACAUCCCAUCACCCCAGUUCACAAGACACACAGUCUUGUUUCAGAUUUGACAAUGUUAUAAGCCUUUGAAUUGCUGGACUUUAUUUUAAUAUAUAUGGUUUUAUUGCAAAUAAUUAUUUUAUUUAUAUGUAAAACCUUACAGAUAUGACUCAUUUAAAAGUUAGCCUGUUGGAAAACGUAAUUCCAGAGAUGUUUUUAAGUAUACUAUGUAUGUGUUAUUGUUAUGUUGUGUGUUCAUAUGAACAAGUGGAACAGUAAUAAAGUGUAAUAGUAGGACUCCAGCUGUUUGCCUGACUGGGGCUCUACCUACAAUGUUAUAAAGAGUUGUUUAUGGAACAUUGAGGGGAACAGCUGUGAGAGAGAUUUUAGUGCUGGCCAGAGGGCUGAUGGAUGGACAACGCCCACACAGAUUACAGAUUACUGAGAAAGCAACACUUGUCAGCAGAGCUGGCCCAGCUGUGGUGUGCUGUGGAUUGUAAUCCUAUAAUUGGGGCAUUAUGCACUGCACAGAUCAGGUCUGCUUCUACUGGCACUCUUGAUAAUGGGUCACUCUGCUAUGAUAGGGUAGUGAUGAAGCUGUGGUUUGCGAGGGCAGACAGAUGAGGCCAGUCAAGUAUAUUAUGGUACAAACAAGGCUUUAAAUCUGGCAGCACUUACAUCUGAAGCAGGAGCACACUGGUUUUCAAAAGUUGGCAUGUAAAUGGAACAAAGUGUGAGGUCCCAGGGUUGGUUCAGAAAGGUGUACAGUAGGAACACACGACUGAAAGCCAAGUGAUGAAAUUGGGGAGUGGACAGAAACUGAAAUUAAAUCAAAACCCUCACCCUUGAUGUUGAGAAUGAUAUUAAAUCCAGACCCCAGGGAUCAUAUGAACCACACUGGUAGUUCAUACUAUGAUAAACUCAUUUUUAAGAUACUGUUUUGGCAGUUUUUUGCUCUCUACAAGCCACAUUUUGACAUGCACCCCAGGCAAAGUGUUCAAAUACCUUUCUGAUCUAAAAAUCUUAUUCAGUGAUUGUGGUUGUUGAAUUGUGGAUUCCACCAGUAGGUGGAAAACUUGGUUUCUUUCACCGACUGCCUCCCCACAUCUCAUCCAACCAAUUUCCAUACAAACACACACAUUAAUCAACACACUGGUUAUUUAACCUCUCUCUACUGAGACCCCUAAAGUUUCAGGUAACAACAGUACUCCACUCAAAAGCUAAGGUUGACUGAAUUUGUCAUAAAACUACCUUGUUCUUGGUUUUGUUGCAAAUGAGUGAAAUUGUAUGCCUUAUUUGUAUUUGCCCCUAAGGUAACAGCAUAUCUCAAGUGUCGAUUUGACACAUUUAUCAAAUGCUACUUUUGAUACUAUGUGAUUUAAAAAAUGUAUCUUGAUGACAAAGCUGAAUAUAUUAUAACAGAAAGGAAUAAAUAUUGUAAAUAGAGUUUUAAAAAGCACUGCAGAACAUUCAUGGUGACGACUAUAAUACUUAAGUUGGAGUAGUGCUUUGUUUUGUAUUUUCAUGACUCAUUCUUUUUUAUUUUCUGUUUUAUAAUUUUUCUUCAUUUGUAUAUUGGUAAUAUUAUCUUUAGGUUUGAUGCUAUAUUUGUCUCUGUUGGUGUUGAAAAGGUAAUAAAAGGCAAUAGACAACUGGAAAAA